UCUCACACACACACACACACACACACACACACACACACUCAUUAGUUUCUAUACUCCAACCCAUGGCUUCUCUUCAACCUUCUUGGUUUUCUUCCCUCAACACCAUCUCUCCUUCAAAACCCACUUUCUUUCCAUCCACAAAUCUCAACAAAUCCAAUUCAUUCAAACCAUUCAAGCUCUCAUCCUCUACAAAUCAAUCCAACGCCGAAUCUUCAGAACCCAUAUCACCAAAUUCACCAGAAACCACUCCAGAACCAGAGCCAGCUUCUGUUGACCCGGUGAAGCUCGCAUUCGAAAAGGCCAAGUCGUAUAAGAAGUCACUGCAAUCCAAACCAGUUUCGAAUAUUGAGCAGAACCCAGUUGAGGUUUCUGGUGGAAGUACUGUAAUUGGGAAUGGAGAAGGUGAAGGUGUUGGUGGUGGCACUAAGGAAGUGCCGGUUUCGGUUAAAGUUGCAAUGGAAAAGGCCAAAGAGUACAAAAUGAAUAAGGGGGUUGUGAGUGGUGGCAAGAGUGGUGGAGAGGGUGACACAAUUUCAGGACUGAAGAGAGGAAAUGGGGGUAAUCUGGGAAAUGGGGUUGUGGAGAAAACUGUUAAUAAGAAGGGGGAGCUGUCAAUUUCGAACAUUGACUUUAUCGGGCUGGAAUUUGCGGAUAAGAAGAGGAGCAGGGGAUUGCCACCUGGGCUGGCUCCUGUUGUAGACCCUUUCCUGGAAGGGGACUUGCCUGAGGUGGAGAUUAUUGUUGGGGAUACCAGAAAGUUUGAAGAAAAAACCUCAUUGAAGCCUGAGCUGACUCAGGAAGAUGAUUCAAGUCUUUACAAGCCAAAGGUUUCUUCGUGGGGAGUCUUUCCUAGACCCAACAAUAUCUCAAAAACGUUUGGUGGUGGAAGAGUUAUACGCCCUGGGGAGGUGCUUGAAACAGCGGAAGAGAAAGCUGCUAAAGAAACACGUACAAGACAGUUACUUGCUGCCUACAGAAGUGAAAUGGGCUUAGACAUUGAUCCAAAGUUAAAAUCUGAAUGUGAAGAGGCAUUGAAGGAUGGGGACUCAUUAAUGAAUAUUGGAAGGCUUAAGGAAGCAUUGCCCUAUUAUGAAAAGGUUAUGGAUAAGUUAACAUUCAAGAGUGACCUUCAUGGGUUAGCUGCGAUACAAUGGUCUAUUUGUCAAGACUCGCUCAGUAGGUCGAAUGAGGCUCGAUUAAUGUAUGAAAAGCUUCAGUCCCACCCAAAUGCUCAAGUAAACAAGAAAGCAAGACAAUUCGUGUUCAGCUUUCAGGCCAUGGAGAUGAUGAAGGUCACAACGAGCAGUCCUUUUUAUCUAAAGAACACAGGUUACCAGAAUUUUUUUGAAGCGUUUGUUGAAAAUAAAUCCAACUACCAACUUAAAGAAGCUGAGAUUGAAGAGGGUUCUCUGAGGCAAGUUCUCCCAUAUAUUAUUUUUCUGGUUUCUCCCAUUUUUGCCAUUCUGCUCAUUGCCAUACAAAAGAGGAUAUAAAUUCAAAGAUAGAGUUUACAACUACAACUAGGAAAUGAUUAAAAAUCGUUGUUCUUGGAACUGUAUAUAUCUUAACACCCCCCCCCCCCCCCCCAACCUUUACGCGAAAAAAAUAGAGGAAAAAAGAAUGGUAUAUAUCUCUAACUAUUAUGUUAGUUUAUAGUAUUACUAGUCAUGUGGCUGGUUCAGUAAAAAGAAGCUUUUCCAAGAAUUCUAUUUACAUGUAAUCAAGAGGCAUGUAUAGUUAGAUCAUACAAGGAUGAGAAAUUUGUGUGUGCAUGGUGUUAUGUAAACUAAUAUGCAGGUUGAAUAAAAGGGUCAAGAAUCAUUAACAUGA